AUGUCAAAAGAGCUUUUAUCUACUUUGUUAGAUCAAGCCUACACUUUAGUAGGAAACAAAUCCAAUGAAUCUAUAAAUAAUGCAAAUAUAAGGGAACGAUUUGUUAUGAAAUGCAUGGAAAUAUUAAAUGCUUUGCAGCAUACCUUAAAUGAAUUAAACAAAAUUGAAGAUCAAAGAAAUAUUGAAAAUAAAAUUCAUCACGGACCUGAAUUAUUGGGAAUAAGGGAUUUAGGGCUUAUUCAUACCAUGAUUGAGAUUGUGAUUACUUGGGGAGUAUAUCCUUGUCUUAUGGAAGGUGUCGGAAUAUCUCUUUCGCGUAGAACAAGAUCGGCAUACAUUCAAAAUGAAGAUAAAUCAUUCAAUGCAAAUACAACAACAGCUGGAAAAUACUUUAAACUAUUCAAGUUAUCCAAAUCAUUAUUUGAUAUUCUUUUUAAUAGUUCAUCAACACCUUCAAUCUACACAUCUAUAUCAACAAUUUUAUAUUCAAAAUACCUUACAGAUAUUUAUGCUAUUUUAUUACAACUAUCCUAUGGACCAUUACAAUUAAAAUCUGAAAAUUCUAUUUCAUCAAGUAAUGACGAGCCUCAGGAGAAUCAUAAUGAAAUUUCAGGAAAUAUCAUUUAUGAGAUUGAUCAAUCAGAGCUGGAGAAAAUGCGUAAAGAAAGUAUAAGGAUGUUUAAUGAAAUUUUCCAAAGAACAAGUUCACUUCAAUCUUUGAAUUCAUUAACUAUUCUCUUGGGAUCUCAUAUUAACCCAUCACCAAAAUGGUUAAUAAAUGUUUGUGGUAAAUUUUUGACGCAAAUUUUGCUAAGGCCAAAUGGUGUACCAGAAGUCAUAGAUUUCAUGAUUGAUGGUGAAGAAGUUAGUUUAUCUAAAUUGGAUACAAUUUCCAAACUUAUACUUUCUAUUCCAAGUCAAAUAAAAUCUGUUGAGGAGUAUUUUUCAAUAAUAUGUCCACAGUUGUUACAAUUAAUUCAACCUAUUUCUUCUACAACAUUAUCAUCACAAAUAACUUCUUCAAGGUCAACUGCUGCUGCAUUUACUAUUACAAGGCUAGCCAAUAAAUAUCCAGCAAUGGCCAAGAGAUUUAUUAUAUCUAAUAUAUUUAGUUCAUUAUGGAAAUGGUGGGGAAUCAGCUCAGAAGAACAUAAACAGAUUUUUGAGCAGCAAAUGAAUUCAAGUGUAUUUAUCACUAAGGAUUUGGGCCCACCAAUAGUGGAUGAGGCCUCAUUACAAUCCACAAUAACAAUGAUACACCAUAUACUGGUCGGAAGUGAACCCAUACCUGAUUUAUUACAAAUGUUUUUAGAAGAUUCAAUUGCACCAUUGUAUUAUCUAUAUGAAUUUAGCUGUUCUUCAAAAUCAUACUUAAAAGAAUAUGUGUUUGAAAUUCUAUUAUCUUAUUUUAAGAUAGUUACUGUAAUUGAGGGCAUUGAAGCUUUUAAAGAGAUUAUAUUUAAAAAAAAUAAAAAUUUUCAAGCUCCUGAUGUUGGCAAAACUGGCGAAGUUUAUUUUUCUCCUGGACCUUCUGGUGGUAUAAUGAUGAGAUUAAGAAUCACUUCGAUUGAUUUAUCACCUACAUUAUCAACAAUAUCUGUUGAUUUAUUUGUUAAUUUGAUUAAAUCUAUCAAUAAUAAUGAUUUAACUAGUGAUUUUUUUGUGUAUCUUCUUAAUGAAUAUACUUCUUUAAAAGUUCAAAGACAUUUGAUAGAUUCUACACGUUCUAAACAUUUGUUAACAUUACUUCAUUUAGUUUUAGCAAUUAUUGAGAGUUUAGGUUCUAAAUUUUUACAAAAACCUGGACAUAUAAUUGCAUUUGUUAAUAAUGUAUUAGAAAAUUAUGAUCAAAAAGAGCUCAACAAAGAAAAAUCAAAGAAAAAUGAAGCCAAAACUAGUUUAUUAGAUGAAUUAAAUAAUAUUGUUGCGGAUCAAAAUGAUGAUAUUAUGGAAUCAGAUAGUGAUGGACAAGAAAAUGACGAAUUAUUAUCAUUGGCGUUAGCUCUUUUAACUUCUUUGUUAGCUGAUAAUCUUGUAUCUUUUCAGAAUCAUCCUUCACCAUCUAUACGUUCAUUGGCAAAUAAUCUUAUAUUAAAUAUAUCUAUUAAAAACGCUACUCAAGAAUCUUCAAACAGUUCAGCUGAGUCUUUUAAACAACAAGAAUCUUUAAAAAAUUUUCAAGAAGCAAUGGUUUUAUUACAAGAUGAUGUAUUACCAAUUAAAGCUCACGGUUUAUCGUCAUUAACAGAUUUACAUGGUGAAAAAGUAAUGAAAAAGUUGAUGAUAAUAUAUUCAAAUGCAAAAGAAAAUACAGACAACCGUUUACGAGUCGGUGAAGCAAUCUUACAAACCAUACAAAGAUCUGGUGAUGUGCUUGGAAAAUAUAUAACAACACUUUUACCACCAUUAUUAAAUGUUUUGAAUAAAAAUGAUGAUAUUUAUUUACAUGUAUCUGCAUUAAGUAUUAUUGGAUGUGCUUGUGAAACAUCACCGUUAGCUUUAUCGAUGUGGUUUAGAGAUAUUGUCAAUUGUUCAUUAAAUAUUAUAGAUACUCAAAAGGAAAUAGAAGUUAGAAGAGCAUGUGUUGUACUUUUAAGUUCAUUAUUCAGAGGAUUAGCAUCUCAUUCACAAUCUUUAUAUUUGAUACCCUCUGACUUACUUCAGAAAACUUAUCUUCGCUUGAAAUAUAUAGAAGAAACAGAUAAUGACGAAUUAACAAAAUAUCAAGCUAGAAUUUGCAUCAGCGAUUUGGAUUCUAUGUUUAGAGUUGCAUUUUUGGUUUAUGAGAUCCAGGUUUUUUUGAAUAAUGUUAAAAAAUCAAACAAGAAAAUUGAUGUCGAAAAAAUUGAACUCAAAAAUCUCACCACAUUAAGCUUCGUGCAUUUCAAGCUUGCAGCAAACCUGAUUGAUGAUGAGAUUGGUGUUUUCAAAGAAAAUCAUAUCGACGGGCUGCAAAUAAAUAUCUCAUUAAUAUAUCUUUUGUAUCUUUUGGAAAAAUACCUUGUAACAAGAUACUACAAAGAUGUGGCUAGUAGAGAUCUAGUUAGCAAUGAUCCGCGAUUUGCACCAACAUUUGAAGGCUCUAAGGAUUCAUCCAGUAGAGCACAUGCAAAAUGGAGCCGAUAUGAUCCACAUUUUAAUAUGAAGAAAUGUAAAAGAAAAGAUGAUGGUAAUGUUUAUUAA